AUGAUAUAUUUAGAAGGAUAAAACUUCAAGCUUUUAUACUUUUCCUGGAAGCGUUAGGAAAAUUCAAAAUCAAACCGGAGCGUCACCAACUCAAUAUAAAAAUGGAGCUCAGAUUAUCACCAGCUCAUCAUCAGAUAAAAUCAGAAGUGGACUUUACCAUGAUAAAAUGUGGCCUAUCUAGUCCCUCGGACAACUACACCAAAUAGCUAGGAGGAUUCCUGUAAGUUUCAAAUACAGCAGCGAAUUCUGUGUUCAGUUUAAACCAGCAUACAAUUUAAAAACCUAGAGGCAUAGAAAACAGUAAUCCUACUCAAGAGCUUGCAGGGAACAUAGUGGUUUUUAAAGGCAUUUGUCAGACAAUGCAAAGGACCAAAGUGGGUAACAGAGUACAUAGGUUAAAUUCAAAUUAGCAUCCAUGUAGGUACCCAGCCAAGCCACAUAAUAUAAAUUACUGUGCACGGGACAGUCAUGCCCAACGUUAUGGAGGUCUCCCAAGAAGAAUUGUCAGUAGAUGUUUGGGUAGUGUGCCAUAUUGUUCUGUAGAGUUUAAACUAUUCAUUUGAAAGCUGUUGAAACAACAUUAACAGGCCCUUAGUUUUUAAGCUAAUUAUAGGCAUUGGAAUGUGAACCACAUGUAUUCAAAAUGACUGAUUCCUGCUCUGCACCAUCUCCUCCCUUUGUCUUGUUGUCUUUAUUUCACUUGACUUGUUCUGCUAUUAUGCCAUAGUUAUUGGUAUGGAAAUGGAAUUCUCCUUCACUUUUGCCUUUUUUUCCCAAAGCUUGUUCUUUGGCAAUGUGUAAUGCAUUCAAAAACCAGCAAAACCUCAUUGUGGGCGUGGGCUUUAGAAUGGGAAUGGAAAGGGUGAUAGUGUGGGUGUUUUUGACAAUGGUGUUAUUGAUAUUAGGAGGUAGAGCAACAAGGGUAGAAGUGGGCGUCCUCAUGGAAAUGAAGAAUACAUUGGACCCAAGUGGAGAGAUACUGUAUUCAUGGGUGGAAGGAGGAAACCCAUGCAGUGGGUCUUUUGAGGGAGUUGCAUGCAACGAGCGUGGUAAGGUGACAAAUAUUUCCUUGCAGGGCUAUGGAUUAUCAGGUUCCAUUCCCUCUGCAGUUGGCCGGUUGAAAUGUCUCAGUGGGCUCUAUUUGCAUUAUAACAGUCUUCAAGGUGAAAUACCAAAAGAGCUCUCUAACUUGACAGAGCUUGUGGACCUCUAUCUGAAUGUAAAUGUGCUAGCUGGCUCCAUUCCCAAGGAGCUGGGUUCCAUGUCUAACUUGCAAGUGUUACAGCUGUGCUGCAAUGGGUUGACAGGUCCUAUACCCAAGGAGUUGGGGUUUCUGAAAAAGCUAAGUGUUCUUGCAUUGCAGGACAAUGAUCUGAGUGGAGCAAUACCAGCCUCUCUUGGAGGGCUCAGCAUGUUGACAAGGCUGGACCUCAGUUUCAAUUCCCUCUUUGGCCCCAUUCCCAGAACUCUCUCAAACCUGCCUCAUCUAACUGUGUUGGACGUGAGGAACAAUAGCUUAUCUGGAAAUACUCCCAAAGGUUUGAAAGAAAUGCGAGACGGAUUCCAGUAUGGAAACAAUUCAAAGCUCUGUGGAGAGGGUUUUGUUGGACUGAGACAAUGUAAAUCGAGUAUGUCUUUCAUAAGGCCGGAACCUUUAGGUUCAGAGGCACCAAACAUCACUGGGAAUGUUCCAAAGGUCUCAAUAUCUCCAUUGCAGAAAAUUCCGCAGACUGCAGAUUUGUCAAAGGGCUGCAAGGAUUGCUCCGAACCCUCUAAAACUCCUGGCAUGGCCAUUGUUUUGAGUGUGAUUGCUUUAAUAUCCGGAGGAAUUAUGGUUAGUGUGUUUAUGUUUUCAUGGUUUCGAAGACGCAAACAAAAGAUUAGCAGUGCUUAUGAGACAGCAGAGAGUAGGCUAAGCAUUGAUAAUUCGAAGGAUGUUAGCAAGAAAUGCAUCACUCCUUUGAUUAGUCUUGAUUAUUCAAAGGACUGGGAUCCUUUUGCACAUGGAGGUACAGGAUCUCAAAACCUACAGAGCUUUAGAUACAACCUUGAGGAAAUUGAAUCUGCAACACAGUAUUUCUCUGAAAAAAAUCUGCUAGGACGGAACAACUAUUCUGCUGCUUACAAAGGGGUGUUGAGAGAUGGAUCUGUUGUAGCUAUCAAAACCAUCAAUAAGAUGAGUUGCAAGACAGAGGAGUUGGAAUUCCACGAUGGUCUCAAGUCUCUUUUGAAACUUAGGCAUGCAAAUGUGGUGAGAUUAAGAGGGUUUUGCUGUUCCAAAGGUAGGGGCGAGUGCUUUCUGGUUUAUGAUUUUGCACCCAGUGGCAAUUUGUUGCACUUUUUGCAUGCAAAAGAUGGGAAGUAUCUUGAUUGGUCUGCAAGAGUGAGGAUUGCACAUGGUAUUGCCAAAGGUAUCGAGUAUCUGCAUGAAGGCAUGGGCAAAGCUGUUGUGCAUCAGAACAUCUCGGCCAAGAAGAUUCUUCUUGACCAACACAUGAAUCCUCUUCUUUCAGAUUGUGGGCUACACAAGCUUUUAGCAGACGACAUAGUAUACUCGAUCCUCAAAGCUUCUGUGGGAACGGGAUGUUUGGCCCCAGAUUACACUACAGUAGGCCGUUUUACAGAGAAGAGUGAUGUGUACGCUUUUGGAAUCAUACUCUUGCAGCUUAUCACAGGUGAGAAGAUAAGCUCUACAAUAAGGCCUCUUGUAGAGACUGGGAAGCUUGAGGAAUUCAUUGAUAUAAAUCUAGGUCAAAAUUAUUCAAAAGUGGAAGCCUCUAAUUUGGCAAAAGUUGCAUUGGACUGCACCACUGAAAGCCCUAACCAAAGGCCUGCCAUCAAUGUUGUAAUGCAACAGCUGGGUAAACUUGACGAGGAGCAAACAUGAAUUCUCUCUUCACUACUAUAUUAUUCAUCCUGUCUGGAAUUUUGCUCAUUUCCUGAACUCCAGCAGGUGUUGCUUACUUGCUAACCUUGUUUAUAAUUCACCAGGGUUCUAAAGAUUGUACUUCUGAUUUCACCCAAAAGAACAGACCAUUUCAAAAAAUUUCUGACAAGUUUUUACAUUUCCAGAUUUUGCCAUUGCAUUGGAAUUUUUUUAGAGGAAAUGCCCAUUAUCAUCUUUACAUUUA